AACACUUACAAACAUUUCGCAAAUUUUACAACUCUGCUUUGUUCGUAAACAGUAAACAGAGGAUUUCCCGCUCAGUUGAUGUGCAUUUCUUAACAAAUUUAAGCAAAUUCCAUUUGAAAUGGCCAGCACAUCACGCAAUGCCUCGCGUCGAGGAAAUGCAAGAAAUACGCAAUCACAAUCACAACACACCCAAUCUCAGAUACUGGAAUCCACGCCCAUGGCUAUCGACAAUCAAGUGCUAACAAUGAUAAAUUUCAUUUUGUGUCAUUCGGCAAAUAAAGUGCCAAUUAAAUUCACCGAUCUGACCGCAUCGGUUGACAACAGAAAUGAAGCAAUCAAGCGAUUGCCAUUGGUCAGUCAGCUGCUUGAGGAAACCUAUGGUAUUAAACUGAUCCAGUUAGACGGCGCACCUAAAAGAUAUAUUUGCGUCGCCGAAGCCCCAGUGGCAUCCACAGCAGAGCUAACAUCGUCGCAGCAAAAGCAUCAAGCCUUACUCUACAUUAUUCUCACCUACAUCUUUCUGCGCGGCAAUAAAAUCGAAGACGAAAAGCUGUACGCGAUGCUAACGAUGAUGGAGAUUGAUGUGCACGAGGAGCACGGUUAUUUUGGGGACGAUAUUUUCGAUGUGAUCAAUGAUACCUUUGUAAAUCAGCAGUAUUUGAGACGCGAACGCUCGCAACUGAGUCCCUAUGAUGAUCCGAAGACUUUCUUUAGCUGGGGACCCCGAGCGAAAUGUGAGAUUACAUAUCAAGAAAUAGUGAAGUUUGCUUCCAAACUAUUCAAUCAGGACGCAUCGUUCUUCCAACAGCAACUAAUGAUGGCUGAAGGAGUCGAUAAUCCAGAAAUGAUGGAGACUCCAAACGAAUCCAUCGAUAACACGGAAUCAUAUAAUGUUACAAUGGAUACCGACAGUCAAUAAAAAGCGGCAUUAAAUAUGUAUUAC